AGUACCACAGAUUACCUACCUAAGAUGUAUACCUAUUUAAAUACAUCCACCUCAUUUUUCGGUCUCCUAUUCACGCAAAAUGUUGCCAAAAAGUGUUGCCUUACUUGUUAUUAGCUGUGGAAUACUGGUGUUGGCGGGCGAAAAAACAAAAGUGACCAAAUGUACAAACGGAGCGCAGCUGCCCAUUGAGGUUAACAUCCCGGGAUGUUCUACGCCCCCAUGCGCCAUUAAGUUGGGUGAAUCCAUCAGUGCCUAUGUCAAUUUCACUGCUCCGUUGCACACGUACGCGCUCAAGGCGAAAGCAAUUGCGACAACAUCCAUUAUUCCAUUUCCAGUUGACUAUCCGCUGCCUCAGCCAAAUGCCUGCAAAGCGCUCACUAACACACACUGUCCUUUAGAAAUCAACGAACCGGCCCAAUAUAAACUUGAGAUGCCGAUCAGUGACAAAUUUCCAAGUCUUGAUUUUCUCUUGAGAAUUUACUUGGAAGCAAAUGACGAGAAGGAUAAUAUUGCAACUUGCUUUGAAGUGCUAUGCAAGACUGUAAAUUAAAGCUGUUUUGUCCAACCGAAUUCCACAGAAAUAAAUUCCUAAAUAUGA